UUCAUAAACGAUUAUCAAUAUCACGAUUGCAGCACGGACAAACAAAAAUCUAGAAUGUAGAUUUAGUUAGAGACUGAGAAUUAAGCGAUACCUAGGAAUACCUGGUCAUUGUAGAAUUCGCAAUCUAACAAUGACCUCGUAAAACUGAGGAAUCACUCGGGAACAGUGAUAGCACACAAAUUGCCAUUACAUAGCUUAUCGCAAGUACACUAUAGUAUAAUUAAUAGUCUCUCCGAUAAGACGGCAUUUCGUCAUAAUAUAACCGUGAGCAACGGACCUAAGACGUCAGAAGUCCAAGGAAUCGCACGACGUCAACAAUGCUACCCACCUGGCUAACCGCGGAGUAUUUGCAGCCCAGACUUAGGGCUUACUGCCAGGAUGACCGGCUGCAUGUCCUUAGAAUCUGGGCCAAGCCAGCGACUGGGACAGGAGAGAACUUCGUUGGCGUGAUGACCCGCAUCUAUGUGGACUAUCAGCUGGGCGAUGGAUCGGUUGUGAAUAAGACCUACAUAGUGAUACAGGCUCUUUCCGCCGAUGUUCCCCAGGCGGAGGUCUUCUUCGAGUAUGAUCUGUACACCCGGGAAAUGGACAUGUACGAGUUCAUCCUGCCCAAAUUGAAGGAACUGCUGCAGGAAGCUGGGCUGGAUAGAAAGCUAACAGCAGAUGCCAUCGCCGUGGACCGCGAGUACAACACCAUGAUUCUGGAGGAUUUGGCGCCGUACAAGUUCGUCAAUGCGGACCGCGUGAAGCAGCUGGACAUGGCACACACUAAGCUGACUCUGGAAAUGCUGGCCAAGUUCCAUGCCGCCUCCAUAGUCCUGCAGGAGUGCCAUCCAAGGAACUCAAUCGACUUUCGAUUUCCCUCUUUUUUUUUGUUAUAUAUUCAGUGCAGAUGGAUAGCAAGUUACUGUUUGUUUAACAAAACACUUUUUAUAGAGCACUUAAAUAGAUAAGUUAUCAACAAAAACUUAAUUGCUUUAAAAUAUCGCAUAUAUACUUUCGUUUCGUCAUUAUCGCGUCACUUUCGGUGGGAAAUGA